AUGGACUGGGGGACAGAAGUAAGAUGUUCAACACGUAGCAACAGUAGUCUGGUCAACGGAUACACAAGUCAUUACAGUGUAGUUUCCCCUGGCAAUAUCACAUACCAAUGUAAUCCGGGAUACUACAUCUCUGGACAGAGCAAUCAGAGUAUCACCAGUCACACAUCACUAUGUCUCAUCAGUGGACACUGGUCUACUCCAGAGCCAACAUGUGUAGGUAUAACAUGUAUGGCUCCACCACCUGCCCUGGCAAAUAGUUCCAUAUUGAGCCAAGAGCUGGUGUACCCUGGUAUAGUGACAUACCAAUGUGAUGUGGGGUAUUAUGUAGCUGGUUAUGCUGAACAGAAUGUCAGCAAUGCAACAGUGCAAUGUGCACCAAAUGGAACAUGGAUUGGAACCGCACCGACAUGCCUACCAAUCAUGUGUCACGACCUACCCAAUACCCUGCAGAAUGGCAGCGUGCUGUCGUUUGGUCUGGAAUAUACUAGCAACAGGACAUACAUAUGUCAACAUGGAUUCUUUAUAUCUUCAGCAGCGAAUUUCUCUGUGACAUCCGUAACAGUGAACUGUCUUUUGAACGGCUCUUGGAGUGCUCCAGUUCCAACUUGCAAACGGGUCAGUUGCACACCUGUGCCAUUGACAAUCACUAGAGCUCGGUCUGUAGCGUCUGGAAGCAACUACUUUGGUGACAGUGUGACGUAUGCCUGCUCGGUUGGGAACUACAUUAAUGGAUCUGGUAACAUAACGGAGAGAGCUGUGACACUCAGUUGUCUCAUCAACGGUUCAUGGAGUGACACUGUUCCAGCAUGUGCAUAUGUUCCCUGUACGCCCCUCAAUAAGUCACUCGCCGAUGGCAAGUUCAGUGGCUUCCAACCAGAGUUUGGCGUACAGUACAACUACACGUGCAACAGUGGUUUUCACAUUGCUGGCAGCCAUGCCCUUGUCACCUUUCACUCGAUUCGCUGCGAAAGUGAUGGUUUGUGGAGUGGUCCUGUGCCAACAUGUGCAGCGGUGGCGUGCAGCAGCAUCCCUACUUCCUUGGACAAUGGAACUGCAGCAUACCUCACACCAUCAUCUUCCAACACGGCUGGAGCUGCUAUCAAGUACACGUGUCUGCCUGGCUACUAUGUCCAGAAUGAAACCAUGACAUCGGUCACAAGCAGAGUGUUGUCAUGCCAGCUGGAUGCUAGUUGGAACGGCACAGUUCCGACCUGUAACGCUCAUACCAGCUACUGUCCAGGUCUCAACAGGAUCUUGAAUGGCAAGGUGGUCGCCACCAAUGGCUUAGCUCUGCAGUCCAUCGCUCUCUACUCAUGCCUCACUGGAUACAAGCUAACUGGACCUGCCGAUCAGAGAGCAUGUCAAGUCAAUAAAACCUGGUCUGGAACAGCACCGGCAUGCUCCAAUAUUGAUGAAUGUGUUCUGGGGGUGGAUACUUGUAAUCGAGUGAAUGGAACAUGUACAGAUACCAGUGGUUCCUACAGCUGCUCAUGUAACCCUGGUUAUGCUGGUGAUGGAAGACAGUGCACGGAUGAUAACGAAUGUAUUUUCAGUCCAUGUCAGGCAUCAUUUCAAUCUUGUAUCAACUCCGUUGGAUCGUACUCCUGUGUGAACAAGUGCACAGUGGAUUCAAGCGGAGAGGAUUGCCCAGGCAAUGGCAGUCAAGAGGCUUCCCCGGCUGGUCUUGGAGUACCAGGAUAUAUGGGAAUAGCUGCUGGAGGCUUCGUUCUCAUCCAGUUGAUCAUUAUCAUUGUGUUCGCGGCUCGUCACCAUAAGCGGAAACGUGUGAGAGCCACAAUCCAAGGAGUAAGUCGUAUGGACUGGACUGGUGGAAUGGAACAGGAGAACCAUCAGAGAUAUUCUGACGGCGGAGGCUCCAUUGGAAAGAAAUCUGGAAUAUCCGUUCAUAGCAAACUGACGCCCCUACCCAGCUUUCACCGGGCCGACGGCAUAACACUGGUGAGCGUACUCAGUGACAAGGUGAUUGACACAUCAUCUCGCGAUGGCAUAGAAGACGACUCUUGUAGCAGGAGUGGCUGCUCGGGCGGUAGCAAGUCACGGCAGAUGCGCAGUGUUAGUGAUUCAUACCAAAGCACAUUCCACACUAAUUUUAGCACCAGUCGUGCUUGCACUGUUGAAGGAUAUGAGAACAGCUACGCCUUAUCCCCCGGCAAGAAUAACAGAGAAACUGCAGCAACCACUACACAUGGGUCGAGCAGGAAGAAAUCUAAAGCUGGAAGAAAAGUCAAAGUGACGACCUCACCGGCCAGCUUUGAGCCAAACGGCAUAACCGUGGUGAGCCCAGGCGCUGACAAGGUGGCUGGAAGAACAUCUCAUGGCGGAAGAGAAGAAGAAAUUCGCAAAGCAGCUGUGAAUGAUGGUUGCGUGGGCAGCAGUGUGUCCACAGUUGAUCGAUUGCUCAGUGCUGGUGAUACAUACGAACUGACGUGCAAUGGUACGCCUCGUGCCAGCUGGGGUAGCAUUGGUGGAGACUUUGAUAGCAGUUACGGAAUAUCCCUGCUCAGUGAUCACUGUUUGACUGCAGCAACCACUACACAUGAUAAGACCAAUAUUAUGCCUCGUGCCAGCUGGGGUAGCAUCGGUGGAGACUAUGAUAGCAGUUACGGAAUAUCCCUUCCCAGUGAUCAAUGUUUGACUGCAGCAACCACUACACAUGAUGAUAAUUCAUAUACCAUGCUACAUCGUGAUGCUGCCCGUGCAAAGAAUCACCAACAAGCAUUCGGCCAGGGAGAGAUAUAUGAUAGUUGGGAGUAUAGUGAUGAGGAAGAUGACGACAGCAAUAAGCUAUACAGUGUUCCUGCUGGCCUGGGGGAUAAGGUUAGAUGA